AUGGCUAGGACAAAGGUGAAGCUUGCAUGGAUAGAGAACGAUAGCGCUAGGAAGAAAAGGUUCCGAAGGAGGAAGGAAAGCUUGUUGAAGAAAGUUAGUGAAAUAAGCACCUUAUGUGAUGUGGGUGCUUUCGCCAUUGUCUAUGCCCCAGACAGCGACAAGCCAGAUGUGUGGCCUUCUCCCUCAGAGGUGAAAGAACUAAUUGCAAAGUUCCAGAGCAUCCCAGAAGCAGAACGGUCUAAGAAGAUGACGGAUCACGAGACUUACCUAAAGGAGACAAUAGCCAAGCUAGAACAACAAUUGAGGAAGAUCAAGAGGCAGAACUAUGAGAUGGAAAUGAACGAUAUCAUGCACGAUCUUUACAAAGGUAUGCCAAUGUAUCUACUUGAAACUAGUAAAAUAAGUGAUCUGGCUUCUUUUUUAGAGGAGAAAAUGAAGGGAAUCUCAAAAAUUAUGGAGCGUCUGGAGAAGGAUCUUCCACUAGCUGAUGUCUCUUCUCAGGCGGGUCGUGAUGAUGAGAAUGUUGCUGGAAGGAGCAGCAUCAAUGCAGUGGGAAGAAAAAUUGGAGGCAUCAGAUUGAUGGGUUUUGAUAUUGGAAGCAACAUCGCUGGUGAUAAUGGAGGUGGUGAGGAGUGA